CUAUAAAAAUGCUAGACGCGAAAAUUUUUAGAUAAAUAAUUUCACAGACAAGGGAAUAAACAUGGCCAAAUCUAGCACUAUUACAAUGUGGCCAGAUACUCCUAACCCCAAAAUGCAGCUGUGCACAAAAAAUGCAGCUGUGCAUGAAUUGUUUGAAGAUGCUAUGAAUUUACUUAUUCAUCCCACAUGGUGUCGGUGAAGUAAAAAAAUAUCUAUACACUUCUGGCAAAAUGCGGUCUAGCCAAUUCUUCUAAAAAUGCGUAAAAAGUAUUUCGUAUAGAAAAAUAACAAUGUUUCGAAGAUUGUAGUUCUAAAAUGGUGCAAAUAGCAGAUAUUUCUGCAACCCAAAAAUUUUCCAAUAGAGAUUAUGAUGUCCAUUAUCCAAUGUAACAGUGUCACUGUCACAGGUUUUUUCCCUCAAGUUGAUGAAUCUGCGGCUCCGCGAAGGCGCUUUGAUGGCCACGCCAUUUCGGCAUGUUAGACCGUGGGAAUUAUCUUCAAAAAAUCAUUCACAGAGGCUUGAAGGGGAAGCGCCAAUUCAAGAUGGCUGCCGACACAUCUGAUCCACGUGGAGUGAGAUCUUGGAGGCGUCUUGCUGACGUGAGUACGAUAGAAACAUGUGAUGAUCGAGUACGGAAGCAUUCGCGUAGGAGAAUAUCUCCAAACCUGAAAGGAACUUUUCCCAGCGAUAUUAAGAAGGUAUUCGUGUCUGCGUGGUUAGGCCUUUACAGUCUUAUCCCGUGGCGAUGCGUUAAAAACAGAAAGAUAAAGACCGUACGCGAUCACAAAGUUUCAAGAAUAGUUUGGGUUUGUAUCAAAUCAUAUCCUUCUUGAAAAAGUUUGUCAGAUGGUGCUGUUGAGCGAACGAACCAGCUUGCUGGAGACGGUACUGACCAUGUCCGACAUGCCCCACGAGAAAGAUGGUGGCGGCGACCCAAUGUCAUGCCCCCUUUGGAACAGUGGUGUUAUGGAAUCAACAGAGCUGGAACUAGAAGAACAAGGAGCUAUAGAUAGAAGUACAAUUGUCAUUUCAACGGAGUUUGUACAUGCCGGUUCGAUGCUAACUGCCUUCCAGAGCAUGGGUGACCCAUCAAAACUGCCUCUAGAUUCACUUCACAGCAGGCCACAGAGUUGUUUCGACAAUUAUCAAGCAUUUUGCAUAGCAGCAACGUAUUACCCAGGCGCUGUACCUGUGGAGAGUCCAAGCAGUGAAGUCAUACCACCAUAUCACGAUAUACCACCAUUGGGUGAGGUUGAUGCAUGUGACCAUGAGAGUUGGAUGUCCAGGAUGAGUUGCCUGAAGCUACUUGAUCGCUCGAAAAGUUCUCGCCGUUGUCAGUUCUCAAGAAUUCCAAGAGAUACAUGGGUGUUUGAGUUUCCUCAAGAGCUGUGUGGCCGGCUCAUCGGAAAGGGUGGGCGCACCAUACAAUCAAUCAUGCAAGAUUCUGGAACUUACCUGACACUGUGCUCUGGAAAAAUGAAUGCGUCUGAUCAGGUUCUUAAAAUCACUGGCACAGAAAACCAGAUUCUAAAAGCGAUCAAGAUCAUCGAUUCGAAAUUCUCCAGCGAUGUCAAGGCAGCUGAAAGCAGGGUACUGCCAUUGACGAGAAGCGAUCAGGCCGUAGAGGUGAGGCAGGUUCAGAUCCCAACAGACAAAGAGGUGGAUGUGGUGAUUGCAAACAUUCUAAAUGCUGGUCACCUCUAUCUUGCUAUGCCCAGGUUAGCAGCGGUGGGACAUAUGAAUGCAUUUGAGAAAGAAAUGGCAAAAUGCUACAGCUUGGGUCAUAUUCCUAAAAUGGACAGAGUCCCUCUUCCUGGAACCUACUGUGUUGCAAAGUCUGGUGAUAAAUGGGUUAGGAUUCAGGUUGUCAGCAGUUUUGCACAGUCCAAGAAGGUUGAAGCGAUUCUUGUAGACUAUGGAACCUAUGUCAUGUUUCCAAUUUCGUCACUGCGCAAGAUCAGGGCAGAUUUCUUGGAGAUGCCGUUCCUGGCUGUUGAAUGUUGUUUGGCUAACAUAAUACCGCUAAAUGGUGAUUUAUUCUUUUCAAUGACCGUAACGAAUCUCUUUCAAACGCUCACGGAAAAUCGCAAGUUGAAGGCAGUUGCGCGCGCAUCUACAAAUGGCGUGCAAUAUGUCGAGCUGUUCAUCCAAGAAGAUAACAAGCUAUUGUCUAUAAAUAGACGGCUGGUGGCCUGUGGAGCUGCGCAGUGGAUCGAUAUGUAGCUGCGCAUUUGUUUGACAUGUAUAACAAGGCAUCACAGAGGUUUGUCAGAUAAUCCAACUAGGUGAUAAUUGCUUCCAGGAAAACCUAUGUUUUCUUUAGAGGUUUCAAAACAGGAUUCUAAUGAUAACAGUACUUUUUCUGUUUGUUGAUAAUCCUGUAUAAAUAUUCGAUUUAUUAUUAUAAUUAUUAUAAUUUAUUAUAGUUUAUUAUUAUAAAUAAUACAAUUGAUUUACGUUUAACCUGUUCAUCUCAUUUUGUCUGUUAAAUCUUCUAAGUGAAAGUCUUCAUCGCUGUAGUUGCUUUGCUUGUCAAAAACAACUUUUGAAGAUAGCAUGGAAAACCGAAAAACAAACGAAAAAAAAGUACUUUCCAUUCGACUCUCUUCAUGGUAUAAACGUCGGAUAACAACGAAAGUUAAACAGAAAAUUUAUAUCCAGAUGCGGUCCGAAUCUGAUUUGUUCCUUGCUUUGACCAAUCAGCAACGUUUCUAUUCAUUGGAGUGUCGGAUGAAAAGUUCUCUAGUAUGUUAUGUUUCCGCUUUCUGUGCUAUCUUGAGUAACAACUUUGUAGAUUCGUUACUCUAGCUUGAAUUGCGGGACAAAUUGACUCUAUCGUACACGUUUCUUCCUGUUCAUUGGUCCUCCCUGAUAGUCAAGAAACAUUGUUCGGAGAAUGGGUUCAGUAAUGUGAACAGUGAAUUUGCCAUUUGCCAAACAACUCUAUCAACAGUUUGAGACGAUAUUUCAAGAUUUUCAAGUUAUUUUGCCAGUUUGCACUGAAUAUGGGGUGCUCAAGUUUAUUUGGUCAGGUACUAACAAAUAUCUAGCUUGUGUAACACGUUGUGACAUAGUCAGGUGUCUGAACUUAAAGCGUUUAAUGAGAUUUGAACUUGUCUAAGACGAAUAAACAGCACACUUUUGCUGGUUAAUUAAACUUUUCUUAAUUUUGUUAUAUGUUUAAUUUUCUAGAAAUAUAUAAAGAGACAGCUCUGCUCAUUUCAUAAUAAUUCAAUAAUCGAUUAAAUCUAUUAAAGGGUUAAGGGGGGUGUUUAUAUAGAUAGAGCUGCCCCUAUUAAGUUAGCUGGCUCUGUUUGCCAGGGUAUUUUUUUCGCAGCGUUUGCAUGCAGCAAGCACUGAAAGCCCUUACUACAUUGCAGCCAAAAUGAAAAUUGCUAUCUUUGCAAACUUAGAAAAUACCUAUCCUGUUUAAGCGAGAGGUCUUAGAAAAUGAGCUAGCUUACCUCCACCCAGGGCCCAGACCCCCUGAUUUUCCCCCACGUGAUGUUUCAGACCCCCUGAUUUCCCCCCCCCCCCCGUGAUGUUUACGUACGCAUUACACGGAAAUUUGGGUGCAACACUCUUGUAAAAAUGCCCAUUUUACAAAUGUAACACUGCUGGUGAAAUCAAAGCCAACGCCGACAUCGAUGCAUCCUGCCUUGAUAACUUAUUUUUCAACUUUACUAGUCGCUGAAGAUAUCCCCUUCCAUCCUGCAGACCCUCCAACAAACCUAAUCCGCGGUUUCCCUCACUAGAACUUUCUAACAACCGGCUACCUUCAUCCAAAGCAAAGACUAUUUUCUCAACAACAAUCAUAAUGAUUUGUCUUCAAUUUUGCAAUAAUAACCUUGGCAAUUUUUUAAUCGUUUCUCUACAAACAAUCUUUUAGUGUAUUAACAUUUUAUCUAGUUAUUCAUAGCAUUUAGUAACCAUAAGUUUUGAUGUUGAGAAUUCUAUUCAGGACAGUAAAUAUUUAUCGAAGAAUUAAUUUCAUCUUUUCAUAUUCUACGUUUAGUAUUUAAGGAAAGAAUAAAUCUUUGUCUUGGUGUUAUAUUAUGAUAUUUAUUAUGGAAUAUAUUAUACUCAUUACGAAGUGGAUUGAAAUUGAAAAUUAUUUUUCACGUGUUUUGCCUGCUAUACUAGAUUGUCGUUGCAAAUAGCAUGCUUUUAGGGUUGGUGAGUGCCUCUGUCUUAGCCGAAAAAGCUUGACCUAAACCAAGUAGC